AUGGAAGCUGUCCAUUCCACUGGUCUACCCUGGUGUGCUGUCAUACCCGUGUCCGCCGUCUUGGUUCGCUCACUCUUCGUCUACCCUCUGUUGCAAAAACCCUUGCGCGAGAAGCUGGUUGAUCGCGCCCAAGUCCAGCCUCUCCGAGAUGCACGAAUGAGCAUCUUCAGACGCUCCCUAUCAAGGCAAACUUCCAAUAAAAGUGGUCUCGCCAGAAAGACUCGAUUGGCUGUGCAGUCUUGGGCCCUCGGACGCACGAUUCAGAUAACCAUGUUCGACCGGACAGCCGUUGGUCAUAGAUUCUUCAUGUUCAUGACAACAGUCUGGAUGUCUGACAGUCUGAGGAAAUUGAUGGGUGCAAAGGAAGGCUUGCUGAAAUUCAUCCUGGGCCCUCUAGACUGGACUUUGAGCUGGCUUCCUUCUCUUCCGGGCACGAUCCCUGAAUCUGCAAACGCUGUCGGGACUGCACCUACCAACCCUGCUCCCACUCAGCCUGCGACUCAGGCGGCCCUCGAUCGAUUCCAGUUUCCAACAGGCAACCAGGAAAUUCAAUUCCCAAUAGACACCAAAGAUUUCUGGGCUUCUACAGGAACAGCACAAGGUGCAGCAGCAGAAACGGCACAGAGUGCGGCAAGUCAAGCAGUACCCGAGACAUCAACAGCAGUGGCAGAGCAAGUCAAAUCCAUCUGGUCCGACUCAACUCUCGUGACCGAAGGAUUCUCCUGGUGUCCAGAUCUCACAGCAUCAGACCCCACCAUGAUCCUUCCCAUCAUCUUCAGCAGCAGUUUCUUCGCCAGCAUCUACUUUGCACCCCGCUUACAAGGCGCUGCAACCGCACUAUACAACGACGGAGCCGAAGGACCGAAAGCGACAAACGCCCAGAGGAUUGGAAUGACUAUUGCUAUGCUGUCCAUUGUUCCUGCUCUGCAGAUGCCUACCGGACUGUUGCUCUACUUCAUCUCCAAUAUGGUCACCAACAACUUUUUGUCGCGUUGGUUGGCCUACACGAAACCUAUCCAUCCUGCACCGACAGCUUGUAAGAGACCUGUGAGAAUGCAACGUUUCAAGGAUAUCGCAGAGGAUGUGCUGCCAAACGCAAAGCAACCAACCACAAGACGAUAG